AUGUGUGUUUUGCUAAGAGAAAAAGCCAAGCAUCAGGAAAAGGGAUUGGAGCAUGUAAAAACACAACAAAUCAAACGGGAUUUAAAAAAUAGACAUGUUUUUCCAAGAAAAUCUAUCUCAAGUGUUGCUGCCUCAGGAGCUUUCUCGUUCCCAGCACGUUCCUCGUUCCAUCUUUACAAAUCCCUUCCGUCUCCACUCCAUCUCCGUCACAUUCCCAAAGGGCUCCCAAAAGUUGAUCAAAAAAGCAGAGCAAAGCUGAAAAGCAAAAAAAGUUUAUUUCAUGCUCCCAAGAUGGAAUUUUCUUCUCAUUCCAUGCUUGAAUGUUACAUGUUUGAUCCUCCCAGCUACCACUGUAAGUCACAAUCAAAUGUUGAAACGUAA